GUCUCCCCUUUUCUCCCCCCUUUUCGGCUUUAACGUAGCUCGUACGCUCGCGGACAACCGGCGCCCUCUUUCCACCCCAGAAGCGAGCCCCGUCCGGCGGCAGUGGUUGAAGCUGGGAGGAGACGUAAACUAGGGCAUCCUGCCCCUCGCCGUAUAAAAACUGCCGCGCCGGACGGCGAGAAAGUGAAAGAAAUAUCGGAGGGGUGACCGGGAAGAGAGCGCGCCGCAUCCUCCGCAGCUUCUUCGCUGAGCCCCGCGAGUUCGACACGCCUGGCGCAUCCGAUCGGUCCGACCCGACCUUCUUCAAAAUCGACACCUGUACGCGACCUGCCUGCCUUCUCGAUUCGGUGUUUGGAGGCUGCGUUUUUCCUCUCCGUGGAGAUAAUAGGCCAGCGUUGCUGAACUGAAAUCGCCAUGAUUGUUCAGAUGCUGUUCCUCACUUCAGUGCUAUGCGCCCACGGAGCCCGGGCGUUGCGGCCGUACGAGCCGCUUGAUGAGGAUUCCAAUUCGGGCAUUCCGGCAGUGCACGCGGCCCCGGCCUUCGAAGACGAGAAGAAUCCACAGGACGAUGUGCCGACACAGGAAGACGACAUGGACGACAUGAUGGAAAACGGAAAUAUGCCACUGACGCGGCAGCAGUCGUACCACUUCUCGUACCAGAUUAGGGACUCUGAUGGCAACUCACAACAUCACAGCGAGCAGAGCGACGUGAGAAAUAACCGCAGGGGCUCCUACGGCUACCAGGACGCGAACGGUGUGUACCGCCACGUGGAGUACGUGGCCGACAAGAAAGGUUUCAGGGCUUGGAUUAAGACGAACGAGCCAGGUACCACCAACCAGGAGCCCGCCAGCGUCCGCAUAACGGCCGAGAUGCCACCCGCGAAGGUCGUCGAUGAGGCCACCUCACCUCCGGCGAAACCUAACACGGUCGCCGAUCGCGUAGGCACCAUGCCCGCUCGACCCGCGGUCUCAGCUGUGCCUGCUUUUACUCAACACGAUACGUUUCCCGUUUACCCCGUCCAUACUGCGGGUGUAGGGGCUAGACCCGCCGUAGCUGCCGUGCCUGCCUUCCACGUAUCGGAUGCCGGUGAGUACGAACUUUCCAGACCCGUGGCUCCAGUGCCAGCCAUCGACAUCGCCACUGGCACCUACCCGUCGUUCGACUCGAAACGGCUGUCCGGCGCUGGUUACGGUCCCUCGGACUACAGUCGACAGGAUGCAGUUCCGGUUCAGGAUCACCAGGGAGUGCCCGACGCGGGCAUUGCCGACUUUGUGUACUAUCCGGAGCAGCAGAGGAUACAUAAUUACGCUGACAAAUAUGGAGCACAGGGCUACGCACACUAUCGCCGACCAUCGUACUCAAACCAGGCCGUGCCGAAUGCGGUCCCUCUUUACAAGUCCAUUCGCCCGUUCCCGACACUGAGCUCAAAGAAGGGGACCGAGGAUUCGGGUGAAGUUACCCAGAAGCACGGAAUUCCCGUGGGCGUGACGUACGUUAACGCACAGGACGUGAUCCGCCCAUUCGAGCGACCACAGUCGUACGACAUCGCCAUGACCGGUGUGGCUUCGAGGUACAAGAGGUACCUCCAAUGGAACGGGCGGGGCAAUUUGCGCGACUGAGUGCCUGUGGUGCGUGGUCGCCGGCGACGUCGCUUGUAAAUAUUCAUGCUCUGGUGUGUGGUUCUGUCAGCGGGCUGUUUCUCGAUCGUUAUGCUUUGCAUGCGUGGUAAUUUCGUCUUGUUUUUUCUGGCGUGCUUUGUGCUGGUACAACAAGGCCCACCUGAGUCUGCGUGCCAUUGUGUUGUGAUUGGUCUCAUCGGUAACAGUCGGCGUGAAAUGUUCGCUCAAACGAUGCGGCAUUGUUGUUUCAAUAAACCUCAGUCCAUGUUGUGCCAUAUGAA